ACCAAUCCAAUCCUAUUACCGUCUUUGAGCGCACUAGAGGGAGAGAACAAUCUUAAGAAUAAACAGUAACAAAAUGGCAGGACUGAAGUUUGCAGGACUCGUGUUGCUAGUGAUGGCCACAGCCAUGGCAAUUGCCGAGGCCAGGACUAUAGUCGUGGGUGGAUCUCAAAAUUGGCGCUACGGCUAUAACUACACGGAUUGGGCUCUCAAGAACAGUCCCUUCUUCAUCAAUGACAAACUUGUGUUCAAGUAUGGUCCGCCCCACAACGUGUACUUGCUGCCCAACCUCUUCAGUUACCUCAAGUGUGACUUCAAGGGUGCAACGUUGCUCGCUGGCCCGUCAAACGGUGCUGGAAACGGCUUCGAAGUCGUGCUGAACCAAUACAGGCUCUACUACUUUGCUUCUUCAAACGACAAAGACUGCUCCAACGGCUUGAUGAAGUUUUUCGCCAUGCCGCUGCCGCGUUGGCAGUGAUCGACCGCGAUUGAUCAUGGAAUUAGAACUGGGUGAUGAAACUGAUCGUGCUUUGUGCUUUUAUGGGCUUUGAAUAAAGAGCUACUUAUCUGGAGGAACCUAGGAGUUGGAGUAAAUAAAAAGGUUCCUCCGAAAUGAAGUUCCUUUGUUAUUGGAAGCAAGUUGUGUUUGUGGAUUGAAGAGAGUUCUCUUCAUUUUCUUUAUUUUAUUUUAUGUAAUAAUGUCUUCAUGACCUAAGUAGAUACAUUGGAUAUGAUUUUAGGGGUUAGUAGCAGUCAAUGUAACUUUAGAGCUCUAUCUUCCAACGAGCGUAACUAUAUGUCAUAUUAUAAUCUGGGUGAUAUAAUGUUUUCUUAUAAUAUUU